UUUAGUUUACAAGUGAACUUCAGAAAAGUAGCACAUACAAACUCACCAGUAAUUAAAGUUUGGUUUUUAUGUGAAAAUAUGAAAAUAAAAAUGCUCGCCGGGAAAACUAUAGAAAUAAAUGUUGAUUUGGUAAAAGAGAGGGCAAAAUGUAAUUUCAAUAUAAGAGAAGUUACACACAUUUUGGAUGGUGGUGAAAAAAAUACGAUACAGCGGAAGAAAAUAGAGGAUAUAUCUUUAAAUGAUGGACAAUCUAGGGAUGUGAUUCCCGAAGAAUAUCUCAGUCCUAAAGAGAGAUAUGAGAAUGCUGUAAAGAAGUCAUGUAUAUAUGCCAGAAUUAUCAAAACCGAAUUGAUGAAUAUGACAGGACUUGAAACUUUAGGUUUCAAUUCACCAGUUUUCCGAAGGAUAGCUGAUGCAUAUUUUAAAGAGGUGACUCCGUUGCUUGCUCACUUUGGGAUGUUCGUUCCCACAAUCAUGGGUCAAUGCACGCCCGAACAGCUGGCUCACUGGUUGCCCCGAGCACUUAACUUCGAAAUUGUUGGAACUUACGUCCAGACGGAACUUGGCCACGGUACAUUUAUAAGGGGAUUAGAAACAACGGCAACUUACGACCCGCAAACUGAGGAGUUUGUGCUGCACAGUCCAACUCUUUCGUCUUACAAAUGGUGGGCAGGAGGACUCGGCAAAACAGUGAACUACUGUGUAGUAGUCGCUCAACUUUAUACCAAGGGUGUAUGCCAUGGAGUCCACACUUUCAUCGUUCAGAUUCGAGACGAAGAAACCCAUAUGCCUCUACCAGGAAUAAGAGUCGGUGAUAUAGGGCCCAAGAUGGGUUAUAACACGGGUGACAAUGGCUUCCUUGUUUUUAAUCACCAUCGGAUACCAAGAGAAAAUAUGAUGAUGAAAAAUGCUCAGGUAUUAAAGGAUGGGACAUAUGUGAAAGUGGCGAGACAUGAGAAAUUGACGUACGGCACGAUGGUGUACGUACGCGUGAUGCUGGUGAACGAGAUGGCGUUUAACUUGGCCAAAGCUGUCACUAUAGCCGUCCGAUAUUCAGCUGUGAGGAGGCAAUCGCAGCCUAAACCCAACCAACCCGAGCCCCAAGUGCUGGACUAUCUGACACAGCAGCACAAGCUGUUCAUCUGUAUAGCGACCGCGCAUGCGCUGCAGUUCACCAGCGACUGGCUCUACAAGACCUUCACGUCAGUCUUGGCAGAUAUUCGAGAUGACAAAAUUGACACUUUACCAGAGCUCCACGCUCUGUCCAGUUGCUUAAAAGCAAUCUGCACUUCUGAUUGUGCGGCGUUUAUUGAAAUAUGCAGAUUCGCGUGUGGGGGUCAUGGGUACAUGGCUUCGUCCAAUCUGUCCAUGAUCUAUUCUUAUGUUUCGGCAACCAGGACUUACGAAGGGGACUACACUGUGCUACUCUUGCAGACUGCUAGGUUUCUGGUGAAAGCUUGGGAGCAGGUAGAAAAAAGGAGACCAGUGACUUCUACAAUAUCAUAUCUCUCACAUGCUUUUGAUAAAUUGAAGAAACCCUGGGACGGCAGUAACGAGGGCAUCAUUAGAGCGUUCCAAAGAGUUGCUGCUGGUAAAAUCUCAGCAUGCAUUAAUUGCAUACGAUAUCAUCAGAAGUCUGGUAAAGAUUUCGAAGACGCUUGGCAGUUGACGACUAUACAACUCGUGGCUGCAGCCGAGGCUCACUGUAGAGCGGUCAUAUACGAUACAUAUUAUAAUGAGACGAUACGCUUGACCGCCUCGUCAAGUCCUAAUGUCAAAAGUGUUAUGGAGCAACUAUGUACAUUGUAUCUUCUAUAUUGGUCUUUGGAGAGAACAGGCGAUCUUCUAAGGUUUACGUCAUUAUCGGAGAAGGAUAUAUUUGAUCUACAACAAAGAUAUGAGAAAAUGUUGGCGGUGAUAAGACCGAAUGCUGUGGGCCUUGUCGACGCUUUUGAUAUCAGAGAUGAGAUUCUGAAUUCGACACUGGGCGCGUACGACGGGCGCGUGUACGAGCGCCUGAUGGAGGAGGCCCUCAAGAGUCCCCUCAACGCGGAGCCCGUCAACAGCUCCUUCCACAAGCACCUCAAGCCGUUCAUGCAGGGGAAACUGUGAAAAUAUGUAUUUCCUUAGCUUUUUUAAUAACACCUUACUAAUAAACAGUGUUAAA